AUGACUGAUUUAAAUAGAUACACUGGAUUGGAUGAAGCGUACAAUGAGAAGCAGCCAAUCAGACCAGCAGAUGAAAGUCAUGAGGGCUGUGAAAGAAUUUGGUCGUUGCGAAAAUUUCCAAAAAGAUACAUUGUUGCAAUUAUGGCAUUUUUUGGGUUUUGUAACGUGUACGCACUACGUGUAAAUCUCAGUGUCGCUUUGGUUGCCAUGACAACUAAUUACACUUAUUACAUCAAUGGAACUAAGCAGAUGGUUGGCCCUGAGUUCCAGUGGACCCGUCAGCAAGAAGGACUGAUUCUUGGAGCUUUCUUCUAUGGCUAUAUUGUUACACAGCUCCCUGGAGGUUUUUUAGCUAAUAUCAUCGGAGGAAAACAUUUGUUUGGGGGUGGUAUCCUGGUGACAGGCAUUUUGACCUUGCUAACCCCUGUUUGUGCUCGCUGGAAUCUCUACCUCCUCAUUACCAUCAGAGUAAUUGAGGGGCUUUUUGAGGGUGUUACCUAUCCUUCUAUCCAUGCAAUCUGGGCCAACUGGGCACCCCCUAUGGAAAAAACCAAGCUCGCUACCUUUGCAUUUGCAGGAUCUUACUUUGGGACAGUUAUAUCAAUGCCAAUAUCUGGUGCCUUGGCUCAAAGUGCUGCCGGUUGGCCUUCCAUUUUCUAUGUCUUUGGUACUCUAGCUGUUAUAUGGUUUCUGCUGUGGUGUUACAUUGUGGUGGAGAGUCCUGCCAAACACACAUCUAUUUCCAACUCUGAACUGGAAUACAUCCAGGCUAAAAUAGGCUACACAGAGGAGCAGUCCCACAACAUGCGACCACCCUGGAUCCAGAUCAUCUCCUCCCCAGCUGUAUGGGCGAUUGUGGUCGCUCACUUUGCAGAGAACUGGGGAUUUUACACCUGGUUAACAGAACUGCCAUCCUUCAUGAAAUUUGCACUGGAUUUUGAUAUCCAAAAAGCUGGGUUCCUGUCUGCUCUGCCCUACCUUGUCAUGGGGAGUGUGGUUAUAGGAGCUGGAUUCCUAGCUGACCAUUUACGUGCACGUUUCCAGCUUAACACUGGAUUGGUCAGGAAACUCUUCACAUCUGGAGCGUUUGGAUUCCAGGUUGUUUUCAUGGUCAGUGCUGGCUAUUCCACUUCCUCAACAGGAGCAAUCACUUGUCUUAUUUUAGCCGUGGGGCUUGGAGGAUUCGCAUGGGCAGGAUUUAGUGUUAACCAUCUGGAUAUAGCACCACAGUAUGCCAGUAUCCUGAUGGGUAUUUCCAAUACGUUUGCUACUAUUCCUGGUAUUGUGAGUCCACUGUUGACUAGUGUCAUCGUUGAGGACAAGGGAGAUACUGGUCUGUGGCAAAUUGUGUUUUACCUGGCAGCUGGUAUAUACCUGGUAGGUGGUAUCUUGUUUGGUCUGCUGGCCUCAGGGGAGCGUCAACGAUGGGCUGACGUUCCGACUGGCUACUUGUCUCAACAGGAUAUAGAAAGGGAUGACCUCUGA